UGAUUUCCUCCCUUCUGUAAUAAGCAGCCAAUGAGUUCUCACGGAAGGUGAUAAUUCUGACUAAAACUACAGAAUAAAGCCGCCAGUUAAAAUCAAGGAACGGUUGAGCUCGUGGUUACUGAAGGGAGCUACAGUGAGAACUCAAUGCUCUUCACGAGCAAGAGAGAAAGAAGAAUCACAUCCAGCUGUAAAACGUCUACAAGAUUCCCAAAUCCUGGUAGACCCUGUCAUCUGCCAGAUAAGAGUUUUGCACCUACCUGCAAACUAAGAAGAAAAUCUCCACAUAAGGAAGCAUCGUGAGGCAACAUAAGGUCAAGACUAACAGGAAAGUCAGACACGCAAGUACAAGUCAAGGUGUUUGAAGGUGGUCCUAGCCUUGUGAACAGCUAAUAAGAGACUUUAAGAUUACAAUUCGUAAGGACUGGAGAUAGUUGUCUAUUUCAUAAAUACUCUGGUAUUAUGCAUUUGCUCUUUCUAUCUUAAUGUAUCACUGGUAUGUGUAUUACUGAAAAAUAUUAUUUGAUACUUACUAAAAAUAUAUAUAUAGUCACAAACAUUAAGGGUCAGCGUACACCUAUUAAUUAUAUAUUCACAUGUAAGUUAAUAGUGUAAUUGUUUGGUAAGGUGUUUGUUCAAGCCUUUGUUACAAGCAUUAUACAUGUUUAUACCACGUACUGAGUUUUAAAUUACAGUGAAUUAGAGUAUAAAUUACCUACUCACUUAUCCAAACCUUAGCUAGAAUUGAUUUGACUUGAUUUAGAAUGUCAGAAAGAGGUAGUUUCACUAAAGGUGAUAGAGAUGGGGUGGGUCAAGUUGAGCAGCUGCAGCAACACCUCGCAAACUUUGAGCCUUCAUCAGAACAAACAGAACAGCAGGAAGAGGCCCAGACUGGUGUGGAGUCACUUCGGCCAGUGAAUGAUGAUACAGAGGCUGCUAAUGAGAUAGCACAACAAGAGCCACGAAAAGGUGAGAGGGUCCGCAGGUUAACUGAAAAGGGCAGAGAACUGCGCGACGAAAGGUGGAGACAGCUCGAACAUCGUUUCAGGGUCAGCUAUGAGAAGUGGAAGGCUCUGGUAAAGGAAGCAAAACUGUCACUGACAGGCUGUUGCUCUGAAGACCUACUAGAAGACCUCUUAAACAAGAUUAGCCAUACCUCUACAGAGCUAAACCUUGUCUACGUAAAUUUGCGUCAAAUCGACAUUCCCGACAACGAUAUACGACGCAGAGUUGAUACUUGUGAAGCAGUUACAAUGUCUAUUAUCAAGACUGUAAGGUGUCAUUUAAAAGGCAGGGAAGAAGGUCAAAGUAACCAGAUAGAGUUGCACUGGAAGGACAGCAAUUCCUUGUGCAUGUCUGAACUCUCACAUAAGUCAAGUCUCAACUAUCAGCCCUCAAGUGCUUCCUCCCAGUCUCAAAGCAACUCAAAGGUCAACUCCAGACGCUCAAGCGUGUCAUCUGUCAAGAGACAAGAGGCUGCGGCGGAAGUUGCUGCUAAUCAAGCAGCUUUAGAAGUAAUGGUUAAGCAAGAACGCCAACUAGAAGAGCUUCAGCGACUCGAAGAUGAAGAUAAGAAGAGGACAGCGGAGCAAGAAGCUGAGGCUGUGAAACGCAGCUUAGAAGAAGCUAGGCUGCGAGUCAAGUUAGAGGUAGAAAAUGCUGCCAGACGAAGGACACUAGAAGACAAGCGUAGAGAGUUAGAGCGCCUAGAAGUGCUCAAGAAACUAAAUGCUGCCAAGGCGCGAAUGCAAGUGUAUGAGCAAGAUGAAAACUCAGAGGACGAAAAGAGAGAACUACUCUCUAACUGCAAAUCUGUGAAAGAAGUCACGCACAGACGUGGCUCAUUUCACAGUCUCUCACCACAACAUGUUGUGACAAGCACACAGCAAGAAGAUGGCACCAAGACCAUGUUCAGGUUACUAGCGGAAUCAAUCAGUGAAAGCCGCCUCCCCAUACCAGAACCAGUAACAUUCAAUGGAGAGCCUCUCUCGUACACUGACUGGAAGGUCUCUUUUCAGACUCUGAUAGACAGGAAGAACAUACCAACAACUGAGAAGAUAUAUUACUUAAGAAAAUAUGUCGGUGGGCCUGCCAAGAAAGCCAUCGAAAGUUACUUUAUGUUAGGAACAGAAUCAGCCUACCAUGCUGCUUGGACCAUUCUUGAAGAAAGGUACGGAAACAAAUUCUUCAUCGCCAAGUCUUUCAGAGAUAAGCUCAAUGCAUGGCCUACGAUAGGAUCCAAGGACAGUCUUGAACUUAGAGACCUUGUAGACUUUCUUCGCAGCUGUGAAGCUGCUAUGUCUCAGAAUAAGGGCCUGGAGGUGCUUAAUGACUGUAAUGAAAACCAAAAGAUCCUCGCUAAACUUCCAGAUUGGCUAACUUCAAGAUGGAAUAGAAAGGUCACAGACAUCUUAGAAGAAACGGAGAUCUUUCCUAGCUUCAGUCAGUUUGUGAAGUUUCUCACGAGAGAAGCCAAGAUUGCUUGCAAUCCUGUAACAUCCCUUCAUGCUUUGAAACCAAGUGAAGAUGGGAAACUUAAGACGCCAAGGAUUCAAAACCCCGGAGCAAGGGUAUUAGCAACUAACUCUGAUGAGAAAGAUACUGUUACUAGUUGUGUCUUCUGUGAGAAGUCAGGUCACAGUCUCCACAAAUGCUGGAAGUUCAUGGAUAAGCCCGCCGCAGAGCGACAGAAGUUUGUUCAAGAGAAUAAAUUGUGCUUUGGCUGUUUAAGGCCUGGGCAUCGAUCGAAAGAUUGUGAUAACAGGAACACCUGCGACACGUGUCAGAGGAGGCAUCCAUCCUGCCUGCACGAAGAUCGUAGUAAAGAAAGGUUAAGGGAUAGGAAGACAGAGCCCCCACGAGAUAAGGGGACAAGAGCGUCAAGUGAGGCCAUAUCUAACAGAGUCGUAAGGGACAUUAACACUCACACCUCCACAAUCAUUCCAGUAUGGGUGUCAACCACAAGUGAGCCAGAUCGUGAAGUUCUUGUGUAUGCACUUCUUGACACCCAGAGUGACACCACUUUUAUCCUUGAAGAGACAACAAAGGCUCUCAAUACAAGGAAGGAGCCAGUCCAACUGAAACUCUCUACAAUGGCUUCAAGAAAUACCACUGUGCCCUGCCAGAAGCUGUCUGGUUUGCAGGUUAGAGGGUUUUACUUGGAGAAGAAAAUCCCUCUGCCAACGACCUACUCGAGAGAGUUUAUUCCUGCAAACAGAGAUCAUAUUCCUACUCCAGAGACUGCAAGAGCAUGGUCUCAUCUUGAACACAUUGCAGAGGAGAUUGCUCCUCAACAGAGCUGUGAUGUCGGUCUCUUAAUUGGCUACAACUGCUCCCAGGCUCUCCUUCCAAGAGAAAUUGUGUCUGGUAAGGGAAAUCAGCCUUUUGCUCAGAGAACAGAUCUUGGCUGGAGCAUAGUCGGCUAUGGAAAUCCAUGUAUCGACUAUGGCGACCCUAUUGGAGUGAGUCAUCGGGUUAUCGUUAGACAGGUGAUGCCAAGCCUUCAAUCUUCUUCCAACCUCACAAAUCAAGUACACCAUGUUUGUAGAACACAUGUAAGAGAGGUAAUCACAACACUGGACAUUAUCAAGACGCUUGAAUCUGACUUCAACGAGAGAGCUGCAGAAGAGGACCUCAUAUCUCAAGAGGAUAUCCGGUUCCUGAAGAAAAUGAAAGAGGGCAUCAGACGCAAGGACAAUGGACAUUAUGAGAUGCCGCUGCCGUUUAAGGAAGAAAGACCCAAUCUGCCGAACAAUAAAACAUGUGCAGUUCACCGACUCAAGUGCCUGGAAAGGAGGCUAAGGAGAGACAAGCAGUACUACAAGGACUACACAGCAUUCAUGGAAGAGACUAUAGCUUGUGGAGAUGCUGAGAAGGUCUCUAAAGAGGAAAUUAACAAGCAUCCAGCAUGGUACAUCCCGCACCAUGGAGUUUAUCACCCACAAAAGCCUGGGAAGAUACGAGUCGUCUUUGACUGCUCAGCUAAGUUUCGAGAGACGUCCUUGAAUGAUCAUCUUACCGGUUCAGAGGUGACAAACACAUUGCUGGGCGUCCUUUGUCGUUUUCGUAAGGGUCCAGUUGCAAUCAUGUGUGACGUAGAGUGCAUGUUCCACCAGUUUCAUGUGAAAGCAGAAGACCAAGAUUAUCUACGGUUCCUUUGGUGGGAGAACGGAGAUCUAGAGUCUCAACCCUCAGCGUAUCGUAUGAUGGUCCACUUGUUCGGCGCAGCUUCAUCUCCUGGUUGCGCCAACUAUGGUCUCAAACAUCUUGCUGCCGAAGGACAAGGAAGCUUCAGCGAGAAGUCUAUCCAGUUCAUAGAAAGGAACUUUUAUGUUGAUGAUGGGUUGACGAGCGUAUCGUCUGAAGCUGAAGCGGCCCAGCUGGGGAAAGAAGCAAGAGAGCUUUGCAGCAUCGGCAAACUUCGGUUGCACAAGUUUAUCUCUAACAGCAAGGAAGUUAUAGCCACAAUUCCCAAGGAAGAACGUGCCAAGGGUGCCAAAGACCUGGAUAUGGCUCUGGGUGAACCACACAUGGAGAGAGCGCUUGGUGUACUGUGGUGUGUCGCAUCAGACGAGUUCCAGUUUAGAGUAGUUGUCAAGGAACGCCCACUCACAAGAAGAGGAGUGUUGUCUACAGUAGCCUCUGUAUAUGAUCUGCUUGGGUUUGUGGCACCCUUUGUCCUGGUGGGGAAGCAGAUCUUGCAGCGGAUGUGUCGUGACAAAAUCGACUGGGAUGACCCCCUUCCAGAUGACCUAAGUUCCCAGUGGGAAUUCUGGCUCCAAGGUCUACAAAACUUGUCUGAAGUAAGGAUCCAACGAAGCUACUUGCCAUCAAGUUUCAAGGAGGUGCAGAGUUAUGAGCUCCAUCACUUCUCCGACGCUAGUACCUCAGGUUAUGGAGAGUGCUCAUACCUCAGAACAAUUAAACCUCCAACACAGACGGAAAUGGAGUCAGACAGGACAGAAGAAACACAAGGAUUAAUGACAUUGUCAUUUUGCAAGAUGAUACUGCACCACGCAACCAGUGGAAAUUGGCAAAGGUUACAGAAGUGUACCCGGGACAGGAUGGCCGGGUGAGAAGAUUCAAGUUACUGAUCAGCGACUCAACCCUAGAUGAGGGAGGUAAAUGCAUCACCAAACCCACCUAUCUGGAGAGGCCCAUCCAUAAGACAGUCACCCUCCUGGAAGCCGAUCAAGAAACCUGCAGACCUCUUUCACAGAAAUCACCGGUGAUUGGUGGGAGUGUAACUGACAGUUAGACUUACAGGAUAUCUCGUUGUCUUUUGUUUGAAUUGUUUAUGUGUCCGCUGUGCGGGGGAAAUGAUAAUACAAGCGGAACUACGUAGCUAAUACUGUUGUAACGGGGAU